GCACGGCGCGGCCCGCCCGCUCGCCCGGACCGCUCGGCCCCCGCCCGCCUUUAGCCUGGAAGAUGGCGGGUGGCGUGGACGGCCCCAUAGGGAUCCCGUUCCCGGAUCACAGCAGCGACAUCCUCAGCAGCCUGAAUGAGCAGAGGAACAACGGGCUGCUGUGCGACGUGGUCAUCCUGGUGGAAGGCCAGGAGUUCCCCACCCACCGCUCCGUCCUGGCAGCGUGCAGCCAGUACUUCAAGAAGCUCUUCACCUCAGGGUUAGUGGUGGACCAGCAGAACGUGUAUGAGAUAGACUUUGUGAGUGCGGACGCCCUGUCGGCGCUGCUGGAGUUCGCCUACACCGCGACCCUCACCGUCAGCACUUCCAACGUCAACGACAUCCUCAACGCCGCCACGCUGCUGGAGAUCCCGGCCGUCAGGGAUGUCUGCACGGAUCUCCUGGAGAGGAAGAUUCUGGCCAAAAAUGACCAGAUGGAUACAGUAGAUCAAAUUGAUCAGAGGAACCAUCUCAGAGCAAAAGAGUACCUGGAGUUCUUCCAGAGCAACCCCGUGAACGGCCACCAAGGCAGCUUUCCGUGGACCAACCCAGAGUUGAGAGACCUUCAGAGACUGAACUUCCGAGGCCAAGAGGAGGAGGAGGAGUCGAACUGCAACGGCCUGGACUUCUACUCGCAAGCCACCCCAACCGAAAGACCAAAGGCAAGUGACUGUGACCCCGACAGCAACCCGGCCAUGUGGCUGGAGCGCGAGGACGAGGAGCCGGUCAGCGGCGGGAUGUUCUCCCCUUCCCAGAACGGACAUUACAGCAGCCGCGGCCUGGCCACCCCGGCAGAAGAGGAGGGGGGCACCCCCAGGGGCCCCCUGGACCCGCAGGAGGCCGGGGACUCGCCCAGCUUCAUCCCCACGGGCACGGAGACGGAGGACGACGCCAGGGAGGUGGAUGACCUGGCCGCCAGCGCCCUGCUCCAGCAGAUGAUCAACUCGGUGGGGCGGCAGCAGCUCGGCGACGGUGACGACCGCAAGGACGAGGACGGGGUCAUGGAUUAUUACUUGAAAUAUUUCGGCAGUUCCAGCGAGGGCGACGUGUACCCGUCCUGGUCGCAGAAGGUGGAGAAGAAGAUCAGGGCGAAAGCAUUCCAGAAGUGCCCCAUCUGCGAGAAGGUGAUCCAGGGCGCCGGGAAGCUGCCGCGCCACAUCCGCACCCACACCGGGGAGAAGCCCUACGAGUGCAACAUCUGCAACGUCAGAUUCACCAGGCAGGACAAGCUGAAGGUGCACAUGCGGAAGCACACGGGGGAGAAGCCCUACCUGUGCCAGCAGUGCGGGGCCGCCUUCGCCCACAACUACGACUUGAAGAACCACAUGCGGGUGCACACGGGGCUGCGGCCGUACCAGUGCGACAGCUGCUGCAAGACUUUCGUCCGCUCCGACCACCUGCACAGGCACCUUAAAAAAGAUGGAUGCAACGGGAUCCCGUCGCGCAGGGGCCGCAAGCCGCGGGUCAGGGAGGCCGGCGGGGCCAUGCCCCCCACGCCCACGGAGGACGGGAGCAUCCCGGCCCCCGAGCCCGAGGACACGGCCACGGGCAGCGAGGAGCAGCAGCAGCAGCAGCAGCACUUUGAGGAGAAUUCCAAUAACGAAGCGCCGGGAUUGAAUGUAGCAGGAGGGUCGGAUGAGGGUAAUGAGCAAGGACUCUCCUAAACCAAAAAAAAAAAAAAGAAAAACAAGAAAAACCACCAUAAAACCAACCCCAACCGAUGAAACGAUGAAACCUGAAAACAAACAAAGUCACAAAAUCUAGUUAGUACUUUUCCUCCGAUUUUUCUCUUUAAAAGAUGUUUCUCUCCCUUUUUUUUAAGGAAAAAACCAAAAAAGCUACAAAAAAAAGAAAAAAAAAAAAAGAGAGAUAUUAUAUUAACGUUUUCCAAUCUUCCCAUCGUAAGCGGGGCUCUCCCCCGAGGAUCCCUCAUAGCCAAGGACCUUUUCUUGGAAAGGCAAGGACGCUAGGGAAGCACGAGGUGGGGAUGGAAAGUGGCUCUGUCGCAUGGAAAAGAGCUUCCAUGUAAAUCCAAAGCUUUAUUUUGUGUCCAAACACAUGUUUAAAAAAAAGAAAAAAGAAAA